AUGGUUCCAGAAGUUAGUGAUAGGAAAAAGAUAGAUAUGCAACUUGAAAAAUUCAAACAAGCAAAGGGGCUCUUUGGUAUUGAAGCUGCCAUACUAGCCAGAGAUACCAAACAGCCAGCUGAAUGGUGGGACUCAUAUGGAGAUGAUUGUCCUGAAUUGAAAAAAUUUGCUAUAAGAAUAUUGAGCUUAACAUGUAGCUCAUCUGGUUGUGAAAGAAAUUGGAGUGCGUUUGAAAUGGUACAUUCAAAAAGGAGAAAUCGCUUACACCAGAAAAAAAUGAAUGACUUGGUCUUUGUUAUGUACAACUUGAAGAUAAAACAAAAAAGAGCUAAACCAUUGCGUACAAAAGAAGAAAUUGGUUUGGAGAAUUUGUCUUCUGAUGAUGAGUGGUUAGCAGCAGAUUCUGUAGAUUCAGAAGAUGAUAGUGCGGAUUUUAAUGAAGACAAUGAAGGUGAUGAUGAGGUUUCAAGAGUUGCUGCCAAAGGAAAAAGUGUGCUAGUUCAUGAUGUUAGUGAUGAAUUUCUUGAGAAUGAUGAUGGUUCUGAUGAUGAUGAUAGUGAUCGGCCCCCACCUGGAUUUGAGAGAGUUAGGGAUUUUGAUGAUUACGCCAUGGAUGUUGAUACUAGGAAGGAUAUAGAUGAUGAAAUGAGAUAUGACAAUGAUAGUGACUAG